AUGUCUCUCAAGAACAUCCUCGUCGCGCUUGCGGCCAUGGGCGCCACCGUCGUGGCUAGCCCCGCCAAGUCCAAGAGGGCCGCCGCCUACGACGGAAACCCCUUCGAAGGCGUGGCCAUGUACGUGAACCCGUACUACCGGGAUGAGAUCCACGACCUCGCCCUUCCCCAGAUGACCGGCUCCCUCGCCGAGAAGGCCAAGCAGGUCGCCGAGAUUCCUUCGUUCCAGUGGCUAUCCGCGAGGCCAACAACGCCGGUGCCGACCCCCUACGCCGGUCUGUUCGUCAUCUACAACUUCCCCGACCGCGACUGCUCCGCUAAGGCCUCCGACGGUGAGCUCCACCUCGACGACAACGGCCUCGAGAGGUACCAAACCGAGUACAUCGACCCCAUUGCCGAGCUCGUCAAGGAGUACGACGACAUUCGCACCAUCUUCGUCUAUGAGCCCGAUGGUCUUGCCAACCUCGUCACCAACCUCGAGGACUCCCAGCCCAAGUGCCAGGGCGCUGCCGAGGCUUACCACCUGAGCACCGUCUACGCCAUGGAGACCCUGAACUUCGACAACGUCGCCCUCUACGUCGACGGCGGCCAUGCCGGCUGGUUGGGCUGGCCCGGCAACCUCAACCUCACCGCCGAGGUCUUCGGAAACGCCUUCAAGGAGGCUGGCAAGCCCAAGAGCGUCCGUGGCGUUGCCACCAACGUUUCCAACUACAACGCCGUACUACAACGUGACCGAGCCCCCGCGUACACUGAUCCCAACCCCAACUGGGACGAAUCCCGCUUCCACGAAGCCCUCGCUCCUUUCCUCGAGGAGCACGAGUUCCCCGCCCACUUCAUCGUCGACACCGGCCGCUCCGGCGUCCAACCCGCCGGCCGCGAGAGCUGGGGCAACUGGUGCAACAUCAAGGAGACCGGCUUCGGCAUCCGCCCCUCUUCCAACACCCCCACCGAGCUCCUCGACGCCUUCGUCUGGGUCAAGCCCGGCGGUGAGUCUGACGGUACCUCAGACGAGGAGGCCGUUCGCUACGACACCAUGUGCUCCUCCAACUCGAGCGUCAUCCCCGCUCCCGAGGCCGGAGACUGGUUCCAGGACUACUUUGAGAUGCUCAUCAACAACGCCAACCCCCUUCAAGGUCUCCUGCAAAAACAAGGCCAAGAGGUCUGCUAA